AUGGAGCAGGCUAAGUAUAUAACCACUCUUAGGAGUGGGAAGAUUAUUGACAAAACCAUUUUGGCGAGGGCCGAAAAGCCUAAGGACCCACAAGGAACUAAGAAUGAUGGACCUAACAAUGGCCCACAUGAGGAAGAACCAAAAAAAGACUGUCCUUGUCCGUCUCACGAAAGGACGCCCAAAAUUGGGCGCGCGCUCAAAAACACGGCCGCGCCCAACUCUCUCUCUCUCCGUUCCCUAUUACUCUAUCCCUCCGUUCCGCUCUCCCUCUGGAUCUUUGCUCCAUCUUCUCAUUCUCCUCCCUCUCUCUCCAAUGCAUAUCCGCCCUCUCUAACUCUCUCCAUUGCAGCAGUUGUGAAGCUCUUACCCGAAGAAAUCCACGUCAUUCAAAACCCUUCUCAUAUCUUUGAGGCAGAGAAUACAUUUGGAGAUAUAAGUGGCAAGGUAGUAGCAGACUUUGGUUGUGGUUGUGGUACAUUGGGUAUUGCAGGUGCUCUUUUGGGUGCCGAACAUGUGGUUGGCAUUGACAUUGAUUCUCAAUCUUUAGAAAUUGCUUCAUUAAACGCUGCAGAUCUUGAGUUGGACAUAAAUCUUAUCUGGUGUGACAUCAAAAAUUUACAAUGGAGAGGCAAAAUAGUCGACACUGUUGUAAUGAACCCUCCAUUUGGGACUCGGAAAAAAGGUUCCAACAUGGAUUUUCUCUUUACAACUUUAAAGGUUGCCUCUCACGCAGUCUAUUCAUUGCAUAAGACCACAGCAAGAGACCAUGUGAGACGAGCGGCCUUACGUGAUUUCAAUGCUAAAAGUGCCGAGGUUUUGUGCGAGGGGCCAUACUAUUGUGGUGCUGGAGUUGACAAGGCACUUGGACGAUCUUACAUUUGGACGAUCUCUGCUCGUAUUAUACUUACAACCGGCGAUCAGUUGUAUUUUGAAAUUUGUUUAUUUAGAAAUGUGAAUGCAGGAUGCAUUGCAUGAUUUGAUUGCUAUUUGUAAUAUGAAUGGAUCGUUUUCUU